AUUUUAAAUUGUCGACCAUUUGAGGUCAGUCUUGUCGAAGCCUUCAUUGAAAGCGGAUUGAAAAUUAGCUAGCAAAGUUUGCUAAAUAAAUCUAAUAAUGCAGAAGUUCUUGGUGUGUUUGCUGCUGGCCCUCGCCGGACAGUCGUUGGCUCAAAGCCAGGAUGAGUUCGUCGAUUAUCUGCUGGAAAUCCAGGCUCAGGCCGAAACUGUUCAUCAGCUGAUGGAGGGUACCUUCGACAACAUGCGUUUCACCAUGAGCGAUGAGUUGAUCGAGCUGAACCGUGAUCUGAUUGCUCGCAUGAACAGCGCUUUGGAAGAAGUUGAAAAGAUCAAGGAAGAUACUGAAGAACUAGUCAGCAACUCCGAUGCUCAGCAGAUUUGUCUCGAUGUAGCCACCGCCAACUGGGAACUUGAAAUCGAAUGGGUCGGACAGGCUCUGCAAAGCUGUGCCGGUCAGGCCAACUUGGACAUCACUGGAGCCACCGCUGAUGUGCACAGUGCCAUCGAAGACGCUCAGGUUCAGUCGACCGAGCUGCAGAACAUUGUUGUCCGUGGAUUCAUCGACUGGAAUGCCAUCGACUACACCGAGUCGAUCUCGACCAUUGUGGGUGCUCAGAUCAACGAGAAAUACGAAUAUUUCCAGCAGACCACUCAGCCACAGCUGGAGCGUACUCUGCAGCGUAUCUUCGAUUUGAAGACCGACAUGUUGCCACGCAUCAUGACCUGCGUCGAUCGCGGAGUGGAACGCUUCAACAACUAUGGUCGUGUCAUUCGUGAUACCCUCCACUUCUGCCAGUAAGGUGUGUUUUCUCCGUUAAUCUAAACUCAACAAUUUUGAAAUAAACAGUUAGUUACGGAAAA